AUGAUUCCUAUCCAGGUGAAAGCGAGAGUACUUGAGUCGGCGACAGUCUCUUGGUUUGUCGUCUCACAAGAAGAUACGAGAGGUCAGCUACAGCAAGUGCUCAGGGAAGGCACACAGAUUUGUCUCUUCACACGCCAGACGGAGACCAAAUACGACCUGGCUGUCACAAAGGUCGAUUCAUCGGGUCAGGUCAGAUUCGAAUCGGCCGGUCUCUGGUGGACGAGUGCCGAGGGAACUCGAAACUACACAUCGCAGCCUCUUGUCCAGGAUCUGAUAUCCGUUUAUUCCAGUUUCCAUGGGAGGCACCUGAUCGUUUCCGCCAAUAACAACUGGCCUUUCUUCGGCCUUAGGGUUCUGGAAAACAGGAGGGCUGAACCAACGACGGGAAUUGACGUCAACAUCUUGAAUGCGUUGAGUCGCAAACUAAACUUCUCAUACCACGUAGAGGUUCCUCCUGACAAAGCGUGGGGAGGUCCUCAAAAGGACGGGACAGUGACUGGCCUCAUCGGAGUGGUUGCGAGACAAGAGUCAAACUUCGCCAUAUGUGAAAUCACCAUCACAGACUUACGAGAAACGGUGGUGGACUUCACAACCUCUUAUUGGCUGGAGUCUCUGACUCUCGUGUCCAGGGCACCGAAGGAGAGGGACAGGGCCAUGGCUGUCUUUUGGCCCUUCUCUGGAUUGGUAUGGGGUCUAAUAGGAAUAUCGCUAUUGCUCAUUGGACCUGUCGCAUUCGUGUUUUACUGGUUACUGGUGACCUACCUUGACCUCGAAGAAAAUUACAGUCUCUCUUCCACUAGCUUCAAUUUAUUCAGGAGUUUGGUCAAUCAGGGGAAUGACCUCGAGGGCAACAGAUGGCCGCUGAGAUUCUUGUUCGUCUUCUGGUACCUCUUCUGUUACAACAUCUACGCCAUGUACUCCGGCACCUUGACCGCCUACCUGGCGAUCCCGACCUUCGAGCCUCCGAUAGAUUCGUUGACCGACCUCCCAAAGGCCGCCCAGGACGGAUUCACCAUAGGCACCUUGAAGGCGUCAAGCACGGAGCAGCUUUUCAGGUAUGCUGAUUCAGGGAUAUACAAAGAAGUGUGGGGCUUAUUUGAUCCUCUGAAGAGUCUCCUGCCGACACCUGACGAAGGUUUCGAUAAGGUUUUAGCCGAGAAGUUCGUCCUGAUCAACUCGGAGAUGAACGGAGAGAUACGAGCGACGGUUCGGGGCAGAGACAAAUACCAUUUCGGUCGAGACACUUUCUACCCUCACGCUUACGGCAUCGCCUGCAACAGCGGUGCGCCGUUUAGGCCGAAAUUCGAUAUCCUACUCUCAUGGAUAACGGAAGCGGGACUCGUCAGGCGAUGGGCCCAAGAGCAGAUCAAUCUGGUAAGACAUGACGUCGCAACAGGAGGGCAUUCCAAAGAGGGGGAAACUUCCUACUCGCUGACCUUAAAUCACUUGCAGGCAGCAUUCUUCUUGGUCUUUGGAGGUUUUGCGCUGUCUGUGGGGGUUCUGCUCUUGGAAAACGUCGUCGUCAGGUUCUUCAGGAAGUGAAUUCAGCUUCUGCUUCGAUAUAUGGACACACACAAGAAGAUAAUCUUAAUCCUCCAUGACAUUUUUCACCUUUAUCGAUA